UGCUCUGCUUUGAGAAUAAUCAUUGGUUGCCUUUGUGUUGAAUUAUGUAACCGCGGUGUCACCUGAUGUUUAUCCCGUGAUGAGGAAGUAUAAAGAGUAAUAGUUUGAAGUUGAUCUUCAGGAGUGUGACAACAUCGGAGCUGUUCGAUUGACGAGAUUUGAAAUUCCGACACCGAGUGGUGAGAGUGGGAAGAUGGCGGCCGUGCUGUUCAUCUGCUCCUUGUUCUUCCUGGGCGCUUUAGGAAGUGCACCGAAACCUUGUACUUCCCCAGAUCUCCUGGAAGGUCAGAGAUAUAUCGGUGACCUGAAGAGAACCUUUGGAGAAGAGGAAACAUUUUCCUAUGAUGCUGUUCAAAAGAGGAUAUAUCUGUACAGAAGCCUGUGGGAUACAUCUGGCAAAAAGGAAGCUGUGAUGGACAUCAUGCUAUUCCAGCAGUCCAUGCGGUACCAGUUCUACCCUCAGAACAAGACCUGUGUGAAGUCUGCUCUCCAUACUCCAUUCCAUCGCAUCGCAGUUCCCUCUAAUGCCACCUUCCUCUCUCAGGUCUAUUUUGGUGGCUCCUCUGAACCACAGGAGGGUGUUCUGACCAAUGUCUGGAUGCUUAGUACUGGUGACAGUGAAUAUUGCUUCCUGUCUUUCACGGAAUCCAAUUGUCUCCCUCUGUCAGAGGUCUGCUUCAGCAAAGACAAGAGCUGGGUCUUCGCAACAUCUUUCAACUUGGUUAAAACAAUCCGUGAUCCAAGCGUGUUUAAUCCUCCUUCAGAGUGUGCUUGAAUACAAAUUAAUCUCUGAGAAUAUUUUCCUGGCGAACUAGUGGAACUAUCUGAUUUACUUUAAUAAAGAACGAUUGUACCAUG